AUGGCGUCCGACAAUUUACGGGAUGCGGAAGAAGGUCAACAGCAGCAGCAGCGACAUGUUCCGCCGGAAAACGAAUCAAAAAAGGGUCAACAUCUCUACAAUGUUCUUGGCAUUCAGAAGAACGCCACCGAAGAUGAGAUUAAGAAGUGAGUGAUUUUAUUGAUUGAUUUUUAUGAGAAAGGUUUUGGGACUCUGCCAAAAAUGUUUGGGUUUGAUAAGAGAGUUGAAUUUAUUUAUUUAUUUUAUUCAAAUGAAGAAAACAAAUAGAAAUUUUGAAUGAGAUGAGUCAUAGGGGAGAAAUUUUUCUGCUUGUAUUGAUUUGAAAAGGGGUGAGAAAUAUUUAUGAACGCUCUUUGAAGUUUUUGCGGGGGAAAAUUAUAGAUUACAAGAUUUUCGGAUAGAAAUAGGUUGAUUUUAAUUAUAGUUUAGAGAUUUAAUUAUAGAGUUUUUAGAAAUUGAGAAUAUUGUAAACAAUUACGAGAAGUUCUAGAACAAAUCAUGAUUUUUCAAAAUCUUGAACUUGUGGCUCAAAAUCUAAAAGGAUUCUGGAUUUCUGAAAAUCGUAGGAUAUAUUUAGAAAUUAUUUUCAAAAAUUUUUAACAAGGCUUAAUCUGAAACUGUUGGAGCUAUUAAUUUUUGUUAAUUCCAGAAAAUUAUUUACAUUUCUGGAACCUUCGGUACUUCUGGAAAUUGUAAUUCCAGAUGAAAGCUCUCGAUUAAAAUAUUGUCUGAAAUUCCAAAUUGAUCAUUUUUUGAUCAGAAUAACAUAUAUCGUGUUUUAUGUAGGUAGUCCAGUUCACAAGGAUUAUAGAAAAUUUAUGCAAUUUUCUCUCUCUCUCUCUCAAAAAUAAAAAUGAGUUCGAACCUUCACGGUUUUCAAAUAAUAUGAAAAAUCUGUGCGUAAAUAGAUCCCAAUUUUUUUCUGAAAAGAAAUUUCAAAUCAAUAAAUUUUCAGAGCAUACCGUAAACUGGCGCUUCGUUAUCAUCCGGACAAAAAUCUCGAUGGUGAUCCAGAAAAAACCGAGAUGUUCAAAGAGAUCAACUACGCCAAUGGUGUGCUAUCGAAUCCAAAAAAGCGAAAAGUUUAUGAUGAAAUGGGCGACACUGGUUUGAAAUUGAUGGAACAGUUUGGUGAAGAUGAGAAGAUUUUACAAUGGAUGUUGAAGCCGUGGUUCAAAUGGACAUUCUUCGCGUUCGGAUUGCUCACUUGUGGUUUCUUCUUCUGCUGUUGCGGAUGCAUGUGUUGUUGCUCGUGUUGCUGCAACUUCUGUUGUGGAAAGUAUAAACCUAAAGAUGAAGAUGGAUUCGAUGAAACUGGAAGUUCAUCAGACCACGAUCCAGACGUCAUCACCACACAACCAUCACCUUCACCAACUACCACAACCCUGACACCAGAUGCUGAUUCAUCGUCGUCGACGCCACCGCCAGUUGUGAUUGCGAUGCCUCCACCUCCAACAUCUUCAUCGACAGCAUACGGGUCCGUUGAAACUAGUGCCUAA